AACACGGCUAUCCCCCACCCGAUGUCCUCCGCAUUUCACGGCGGCUCGUAUGCAUGUUAUUUCGUGAAUUUGACCCUAAAGACGGAAUACGAGACAGUCCCCCGGAUUAUUCCUACAUGUGCGGGGUGUGGUUCGACUCCAGGGUUUCGAGACACCACUGAUCUGGUACUAAAUGCGCGGGUUUCUAUCUUGAGGGCUCCCACUUCCCUUGUGCCGCUAAGGCCGAACUAGACAUCACGCAUGCGCGACUGAUCUUUGUAUCGGCACUAAUAAAAUUCACCGUCGCCGACUGCUGCGAUUACUGCGUUUCGGUUAUGCCAUCGAUCUUACGCCCACUGGCAAACCUCCCUCACCCCUUCGAGUUUGGUGUCGCGAAUAAGAAUUCCACCAAGAUAAACCGAGUUGGGCUUGGUUCAACGAUUCACGAUCAUGAGUCAUUUCUCGAAUUUGUCUCGAAGAACCCCUUGACCUUAUCAAUCAUGGCAGAGAGGUAUCGUCAUAUGCUAAAGACAUCGCCCGAAGACAUCAUUAUCGUUGACUUCGAAAGUUUGCCAAUCUUUCAAAAAGGGAUGCGUAUCGUCCCGACGGAGGUCACGUUCCGAGAUGGAAAUGGGAAAGUUAUCCUCAGCGCCGUUAUUAAAGAUAAUGGGGUAAAUAAUACCCAAUUCGAAGAGAAAAUCAAAAGACUUGGCUAUACGGACCAGAGGUGUAUCGCAUCCUGCAGAAGAAUUCGAGGCAUGCCAAAUCGAGACCUAAGAGCUCCAUCGAUGACUCCGAAACAGAUUCUUCAGAAAUUACGGGACUAUGGCUUUAAUCGUUCUUCUGUGCUUAUCAUAGAGUACUCCAUCGGAUACUAUGAUCGCCAUUGCUUUGAAGACGUGAUUAUACAAGCCGGAGUAUCGCCUGACGACUUCCUUCCACCACUUUCACAGUUCUGGCCGGUGUGUUCAGAUUUUAUGCGUUGUCUACCCGGUCUAGGAACAUCCUAUAGGCUUGGAAACGUUGCAAGACUCAUGACACCAGCGAUUCUAAAUGGACUACAGCUUCACACCUCCAGGGCUGACACUUUCGUCCUCCACCAGAUUUUAAGGCACUGGGUCAAUGUGUACGGAGCAGGGGCUCCGGGUGCAUCUGUCAGAUGAAGGCCAUAAUCACUAGUUGAAGCAGAGCCUUCGAUUCCAAGCCGCCAAAGGUCUCUAUCUCUUUCGCGGCACUUUCGCCUGCGAUUCUAUGUGCGACCCAUGCCCUGCACUGAAAUGCCUUCU